AUGCACCUCGUCAGCCCCAGUUCCCAGCGCUCGAAGUCCUUGUCGCCAGCGCUGCGCCGGGCGUACUCCAGCAAGAAGCGCUUCCCGGUUCUGGGGGGCAGCGACUCUUUCGGGGCGCAGGAGCGCAGCGCGGACCAAGUUCGACAAUCUAUCGAGGCGCUGCCGUUUUCCGAGGCGCGGGCUCUCCAGCGCGUGCCCGUGGCCAUCUUGACUCCUCUGGUGAAGUCCAUGGGCCGGCGCUGCAAGGCCCUCCAGCGCGUAAUGGGGAAGGACUUCGAGGCCGGCGCCAGGGCCGCGCUCGGGCUGCGCCUGGAGCGCGAGCGGCCGCCCCUGGGCCGCGCGGCGGACUUGCGCGGGCUCGGCGCGGCAGGCUCUGCCUGGGUGAUGCUGGCGCGUGGCCUGCUCAGAGCAGCGGGCGGCGACAGGCGCCGGGCGACGUUCGGCACAAAGCCUGGGCAGUGCCCGGCGCAGCCAUGGGUGCGCCUGGCGAUGUGA